AUGAUUCAUUCUAGCGAUCGUAAUCAUAGACGAAAAAAGCUUUCGUAAUUUAAGCAUUAAGCCGGACCUUUCAUCAUAUUUUUUACUGUCCUAAUGCCGACCAAUUGCGUGAUUUUAGAAUAGUUUUUUUUCGAUUUGAAAAAGGAUUCUGCAUCUGAAUUAAUAAACGGAUUUUUAGUUUAUCUUUCUUAUGCCAUGGCUAUGUGGUCAUAUUACUAGUCAAUUACAAUAAAAAAUUACACAAUAGAUAAGGCCACUCCAAAUUAAGAUAAUCGAAGAAUUGAUCCUUUGUAUAAAAACACUAAUUCCUGUCUUUAAUGCAACAAAUGGAAACCUAUACGAACUCAUCAUUGUUCCCUUUGUGGCAAAUGCAAUCUAAAAAUGGAUCACCAUUGCCCUUGGAUUCACAAUUGCGUAGGUUUAAGGAAUCAUAGAUGCUUUUAUCUCUUUACUAUGUAUAUGACUAUAGGUGCAUUGUAAUAUAGCUAUGCAUCUUGGGUUUAUUUUAGAUAUUUGUUUCGAAGUAGCAAUGGGUUCUUUUCUCAUCAAUCUACCUUCUUUUAUAUUUAUUGGUUUUUAACAAGUUUGGUUUUAUACCCAGUUUGUGCUAUGUUAUGUUUCUUAUUAGUUUAUCAUACAUCCCUAAUUAUUAAUAAUUAGACUACAUUAGAAUAAAUGGAAAACAGCUAAAGUGGAAAUGGUUGUUGUUUACAAAAUGACAGGCCUCCAAAGAGCAUUAAUUUGUUCAAUAGAGGAAUACUAUCUAACAUAGCGUGGUUUUUUAAUUACUCCUAUUUUUGGUUUCUUCCUUUUUAAAACAUUUACAAGCAAGAUGGUACUUAAUAUCCAAUUGCUCCUUUAUGCACCAUUUAAGAUAUUUAAAUCUAUAAUCCUUAAUUGCAAAUUGGAUAAAUACCAGAUCAACAAUUUGAUUUUGAUAAAAUUGACCAAAAAUAUGAAGAAUACUUAGCAAUUGCCAAACAGAAAUACAAAAAUAAAAGACUAGUACUUAUUGGAAAAGAAAUAUAACUUGAUUGAUAUUUAUGUGAACAGAUUAUAACAAAUAGAGAUAUAAAUCAAUAAAAA